CCGCGGUAGCUGCGGCGGGCGAGCCCGAGGAGGGGGCGCUGGGGCUUGGAAGCCCCCGGGCCCCGGCCCGGCCGAGCGAGGACAAAGCCCCCUGGCCGCCGCUGCGGCCUACCCGGCGCGGCACAAAGGGCGAGUCGCGACACGCACCCAUCCCCCUCCCAGCUCGGGUGGCCCCGGGCCCCGGGCGGCGGCGGGGAGGUGGGGAAGCCCCGGCCACACCGCCCCUCGCUCCCUUCCCCCGGGGCCGGCCGAGCGCACCGCCCCCGCCCCCGCCCCCGCCCCGUCUGCGCGUCCUCCCGGGGAGGGGUCGGGGGGCGCGGCGCCCCACAUAACACUCCCCCUCCUGCGCUCGGAGCCACCCCUCUCCCCUCCCUCCUGCAAACACCACCGCCUCCCCUGCCACCGCCGCCACCUCGCCUGACGCUCCGCAGCUCGCCGCGGCCGGGGGGCGGUCCGCGGACCGUGCGCGCCAGGGGCGCCAGAUGUGCAGUCGCCGCUGCCGCCAGUGACCGAGCCGCAGCCCGAGCGGGAUCGGGCCGCCUCCCCGAUGCUGCGGGGGCGACCUUGAGCGCGCCCCGGCUUCCUCGGCGGGGACCCCGACACCGCGAGCGCCGUGCCCGGUCCUGCCCUCUCCAGCCCGGCUCGCCCCGCGUUCGGACAUGGAGGGGGCCGCUGCGCCCGCGGCCGGGGACGGCCCAGAGUUGCGGCCGGGGGCGCCGGGCUCUCCCCCGGAGGCGGUGGCGGGGGCAACCGCAGCCCCCGCGGUGGCGGCGGCCCCGGAGCCCAGGAAGCCGCACGGGGUGAAGCGGCAUCACCACAAGCACAACUUGAAGCACCGCUACGAACUGCAGGAGACCCUGGGCAAAGGCACCUACGGCAAAGUCAAGAGGGCCACCGAGAGGUUUUCGGGCCGAGUGGUUGCUAUAAAAUCCAUUCGUAAGGACAAAAUUAAGGAUGAACAAGACAUGGUUCACAUCAGACGAGAGAUUGAGAUCAUGUCAUCCCUCAACCAUCCUCAUAUCAUCAGUAUUUAUGAAGUGUUUGAGAACAAAGACAAGAUUGUGAUCAUCAUGGAGUACGCGAGCAAGGGGGAGCUGUACGAUUACAUCAGUGAGAGGAGACGCCUCAGCGAGAGGGAGACCAGACACUUCUUCCGCCAGAUCGUCUCCGCCGUGCACUAUUGUCACAAGAACGGUGUGGUCCACCGGGACUUAAAGCUGGAAAACAUACUGCUUGAUGACAACUGCAAUAUUAAGAUUGCUGACUUUGGGCUUUCCAACCUGUACCAGAAGGACAAGUUCUUGCAAACGUUUUGCGGGAGCCCGCUCUACGCUUCUCCUGAGAUUGUCAAUGGGAGACCUUACCGGGGGCCAGAGGUGGACAGCUGGGCCCUGGGCGUGUUGCUUUACACCCUUGUUUAUGGAACGAUGCCCUUCGAUGGUUUCGAUCACAAAAACCUCAUCCGGCAGAUCAGCAGUGGAGAGUACCGGGAGCCCACGCAGCCCUCAGACGCUCGAGGACUCAUUCGGUGGAUGCUGAUGGUGAACCCCGAUCGCCGGGCCACCAUUGAGGACAUCGCCAACCACUGGUGGGUGAACUGGGGCUACAAGAGCAGUGUCUGUGACUGUGAUGCACUGCACAACUCCGAGUCACCGCUCUUGGCUCGCAUUAUCGACUGGCAUCACCGUUCCACGGGGCUGCAGGCUGAGGCUGAAGCCAAAAUGAAGGGCCUGGCCAAACCCGGGGCCUCAGAAGUCAUGCUGGAGCGGCAGCGGUCACUGAAAAAGUCCAAGAAAGAGAAUGACUUUGCCCAGUCUGGCCAGGACUCGGUGCCUGAAAGCCCAUCCAAGCUGAGCUCUAAGAGGCCCAAAGGGAUCCUGAAGAAGCGGAGCAACAGUGAACAUCGCUCCCACAGCACGGGCUUCAUCGAAGGCGUGGUCAGCCCUGCCUUGCCCUCUGCUUUCAAGAUGGAGCAGGACUUGUGUCGGACUGGUGUGCCCCUCCCAAGCUCCCCCGAGGCAGAGGUGCCCGGUAAACUCAGCCCCAAGCAGUCGGCCACGAUGCCCAAGAAGGGCAUCUUGAAGAAGACCCAGCAGAGAGAAUCGGGGUACUAUUCGUCCCCAGAGCGCAGCGAAUCUUCCGAGCUGUUGGACAGUAACGAUGCGCUGGGCAGCAGCGUCCCAUCGCCCAGCCCCCCAGACCCAGCCAGGGGCACUUCCCACAGCCUCUCCUGCCGCAGGAAGGGCAUCUUGAAACACAGCAGCAAGUACUCAGCAGGGACUAUGGACCCGGCCCUCGUCAGCCCCGAAAUGCCCACACUGGAAUCCUUGCUGGAGCCCGGCGUCCCCGCCGAAGGCCUCUCCCGGAGCUACAGCCGGCCCUCCAGCGUCAUCAGUGACGACAGCGUCCUGUCCAGCGACUCCUUCGACUUGCUGGACUUGCAGGAGAAUCGCCCUGCCCGCCAGCGCAUCCGCAGCUGCGUCUCUGCUGAAAACUUCCUCCAGAUCCAGGACUUUGAGGGGCUCCAGAACCGGCCGCGGCCCCAGUACCUGAAGCGGUACCGGAACCGGCUGGGAGACAGCAGCUUCUCCCUCCUCGUGGACAUGGACGAUGUGACUCAGGUCUACAAGAAAGCGCUGGAGAUCUGCAACAAGCUUAACUAGCUCCCCAGGGUGCAGGGGGUGGGUUGUGGGUGGGUUUUGGGGGAGGAGUGGGAGCAAUGACUUGUGCUUGUGAGCUGGUUACCUCUUUGCUGGCCAUGAUGAUAGACUGAAAAAGGAUUGGUACCAUCUUGCUUGGCCAAGUCCUCAGCCUUGAGCCAGCACCUGAAAGGGAGAAGUGGGUUCUCUGCCAGUCCUGCCAGCUGCCAGUCGGAAUUUGGGUCCGAAUUGGCAUUUACUUUGCGUCACCUCUCGGAGGACCGGCUGUCCGGGGGAGGUGGUGGUGGCCAGCGCUAAGAGGGUGGGGAGGAAGCAUAUGGGAGCGGGGGCGUUUCCCUAAACAUCAUCCAAAUGCUUCUGGAGGAGGGGCAAGAGAGCCUGGGGCUGUCUGCUUGGGGUGAGCUCAGAGCUUGCUUCUCUUCUCCUCACAUUGGCAGGCUUGGUCUGACUGCAUGGGGUCGGCAAGUAGAUUUCCGCAACCUGAAGUUGAGUCAGUGAUUUGUUGAUAGUGGCUGCUGGGGGUGUUGGUUCGAGUCGCCUAGGCACAAUGGGAAGGAGUGUUGUGAUUGAACCGCAGUGGUGCCAUGGGAUUGGAAAGAGAGGGUGGUAGUGCCCAAGCCACGUAGUCGCCAUCCUGGACCCAGUUCAGCCCUGGGAGUGUUGGGUCAAGGCAUCCUGUGGGCUCUGUGUUUGUCCUUCAUGCCGCUAGCGUGACCUUUGUUAAUUUGCUAGUCUACCUGGAAUGGAAGACAGGGCUUCGGUCAGAGGAGAAUGCUCUGAACACUGCUAAGGACUUAGAAGAGUCAGCCCGUGGUGAUUUGGGGGCUUUUUUUUUUUGCCGUCUGCCACUUCUUUCCUGAUGUCUGCCUUGCUCUUCAGCACAGCCUUCCGAGGAUGGACAGGGAAAAAGUUGGUGGCAUCAGAGGUCAAACCAUGGUGUGUAACUGAGCUCAGGACCCUCUGUGGUCUUUGGGCAGAUGAAUGGAAAUUGAUCCUCACCAGCAAGGGGGCAACUUGUCACUUUCUUUAACAUCUCACUGUUAACUGGAAUGCUGCCUCUGGGGUUCUCACCUGCACGAAUUGGAUGUGAUGUUGCCAUAGGAGUCACGGGCUCAACCAUUUACCCUGUUUACUAAUAGCAGAUGGGUUCCCAUCCACCGAGUGUGGAAUCCGCAGAGGCAGGUGAGUUUGCUUCCAGGGAGUUCGUGUUUGGUGGGAUAUUUGGAUGAGAAAAGGAAAGUUAGGCAGAAGGUA